AGCAGAGUCAGUUUGCUCCACUCUUUAGACUAGCAGAACCUGUUUGUUCCACUCUUUAGACUAGCAGAACCCGUUUGUUCCACUCUUUAGACUAGCAGAACCUGUUUGUUCCACUCUUUAGACUAGCAGAACCUGUUUGUUCCACUCUUUAGACUAGCAGAACCUGUUUGUUCCACUCUUUAGACUAGCAGAACCUGUUUGUUCCACUCUUUAGACUAGCAGAACCCAUUUGUUCCACUCUUUAGACUAGCAGAACCUGUUUUUUCCACUCUUUAGACUAGCAGAACCCGUUGGUUCCACUCUUUAGACUAGCAGAACCUGUUUGUUCCACUCUUUAGACUAGCAGAACCUGUUUGUUCCACUCUUUAGACUAGCAGAACCUGUUUGUUCCACUCUUUAGACUAGCAGAACCUGUUUGUUCCACUCUUUAGACUAGCAGAACCUGUUUGUUCCACUCUUUAGACUAGCAGAACCCGUUUGUUCCACUCUUUAGACUAGCAGAACCUGUUUGUUCCACUCUUUAGACUAGCAGAACCUGUUUGUUCCACUCUUUAGACUAGCAGAACCUGUUUGUUCCACUCUUUAGACUAGCAGAACCCGUUUGUUCCACUCUUUAGACUAGCAGAACCCAUUGGUUCCACUCUUUAGACUAGCAGAACCCGUUUGUUCCACUCUUUAGACUAGCAGAACCCAUUGGUUCCACUCUUUAGACUAGCAGAACCCGUUUGUUCCACUCUUUAGACUAGCAGAACCCAUUGGUUCCACUCUUUAGACUAGCCCAGGUAGUCCUGCAGUAAUGGAGCCUGGGUCGACCGUGAGUGCAGUGAGGAGUAGCAGGGUUCUGUGUGGCACAGAGAUACGGCCUGCUCUGAUUGUCAUCAAGGAAGGAAAGAUUUACAAAAUCGUCCCAGACUCCAGUGGUUCUACUGGGGAUACUGCUGCUGGCUGUGAGGUGUUGGAUGUGGGAGACCAUCUGGUGAUGCCUGGUAUCGUGGACUGUCACGUCCAUGUGAAUGAACCGGGUCGCACCACCUGGGAGGGAUUCUGGACCGCCACGAGGGCCGCUGCUGCAGGAGGGGUCACUACCAUAGUGGACAUGCCCCUCAACAGCAUCCCGCCGACCACAACCCUGGAUAACUUCCAUGAGAAGAUGGCAGCAGCGUCUGGGAAGUGUUUUGUAGACACUGCCUUCUGGGGAGGGGUCGUCCCUGGCAACCAGCUGGAGCUGCUUCCUAUGAUCCGGGCUGGGGUGGCUGGUUUUAAAUGUUUCCUGAUCCACAGUGGAGUUGAGGAGUUCCCUCAUGUGACUGACGGAGAUCUGCACAUCGCCAUGAAACAGCUACAGGGCACAGGGAGCGUUCUCCUGUUUCAUGCUGAGAGGGAUGUCCCCCUGCCAUCAGGGAAAGAAAAGAGGGAUGUCCCCCUGCCAUCAGGGAAAGAAGAGAGGGAUGUCCCCCUGCCACCAGACCCCAAAGAGUACUCCACCUUCCUCAAGUCCAGACCAGAUGUUAUGGAACUGGAGGCCAUUCGAACUGUCACUGAGCUCUGCCUGAAAUACCAGGUGCAUUGCCACAUAGUGCACCUGUCCUCUGCCCAGCCCCUGGCUCUGAUCCAGGCUGCGAAGCAGGCCGGAGCCCCUCUGACGGUGGAGACCACCCAUCACUACCUCAGCCUGUCUGCUGAACACAUCCCUGCUGGGGCCACGCAGUUCAAAUGCUGUCCUCCCAUCAGAGGGUUAGCUAACCAGGAGCAGCUGUGGUCUGCCCUGAAGGCUGGUCAGAUUGACAUGGUUGUGUCAGAUCACUCCCCCUGCACACCAGACCUGAAGAGACUGGACAGUGGGGAUUUCACUCAGGCCUGGGGAGGGAUCUCCUCCUUACAGUUCGGUCUGUCUCUGUUCUGGACGUCAGCCAGUAAGAAGGGUUUCACUCUGCCAGACGUGGUGAGGCUCCUCUGCCAGCGCACUGCACAACUCUGUCGCCUUGACAACCAGAAGGGGAGCCUUGUUCCCGGUCACGAUGCAGACCUGGUCAUAUGGGACCCAGAGAAGGAGUUUGAGGUGAAAGACGCAAGUAUACAUCACAAAAAUAAGCUAACUCCCUACCUGGGCCUGACAUUGCUUGGGGAGGUGAGUCUCACCAUCGUCCGUGGCAGAGUGGUGUACAAGCAGGGUUCCUUCUCUCCUACGCCCCUGGGGAAGCAUCUCCUCCUCCCCCAGGGGACGACCCAGGUCUCCCUGUGUGAUGGAGAGAAGACCGAGGGGACCCAGGCCUCACGGUGAUGGAGAGAAGACCGAGGGGACCCAGGCCUCACGUUGACUCCCUGGAAAACAGUGGCAAGACAUGUUACUGAGGGGACAAUCCUGGCUAAAUAAAUACAGUGCAAUUAAAUAAAUGUACCAUGGGGGGGGGGGGGGGGAAACAGUUCAGAUGCUUGACUGUUGUUUUAAGAUGUUUUAAUAAACAAAGUAAUCUCUUUCAAAGGGAGAUUUGUGUCGAAAUUCCAUUACUCCCUCCACCUAAAUCGAGUAGAUUCCACAGUACAACAGUUAACCUCUUGAAACUCCCCAUCCCGGAUCCGGGAUUGUGACUAAGCCUCAGGCUCAUUAGCAUAACGCAACGUUAACGAUUUCUGAAAAUCGCAAAUAAAAUUAAAAUAAUGCGUUUGCUCUCAAGCUUAGCCUUUUCUUAACAACACUGUCAUCUCAGAUUUUCAAAAUAUGCUUUUGAACCAUAGAAAUUGACUAAUUUGUGUAAGAGUAUGCAAAGCUAGCAUAGCAUUUUGUGUAGCAUGUAGCACGCAACAUUUUCACAAAAGCCAGAUAACCAA